UGCGUAAAAAAACAAAAUGAAAAAGAAAAAUGAGGGCUAUUAAAUGUUCAACAACAUAUACAGCAAUAAUUAAUCAAUUAUCAAAAUUUGAUGGUGAUGAAAAUGGGUGGUCACCUCUUGUUCCUCAGCUUAGCUGUUUUCUUCUUCAGUUUCUGUCAAGCAACAUCAAUUACUUCAACUUCAACAAAAUCCCUAUUUUUCAUCGAAACCAAUCAGAGCGCCGCUACUGCUAGGAGCUGCUCAUACACGUUGUCAAUCAAAACAAGCUGUUCUUCAACUAAAUACACCAGAGACAAAAUCAGUGUUGCUUUUGGAGAUUCUUACGGAUUUGAGGUCCACGCGCCGAGGUUAGAUAAUCCAUCCUCGAAGAUAUUCGAAAGCUGUUCUACGGAUACUUUCCAGAUCCGUGGCCUCUGUAUUUAUGAGAUCUGCUACCUAAACUUGAAGAGGGUUGGAUCGGACGGCUGGAAACCGGAGAGCGUCAAGGUGUACGGUCCAGAUCGUCCUGCUAUUACCUUUAAAUAUGAUAAGUUUCUACCUAAUGGAGUCUGGUUUGGAUUUAAUCACUGUAAGAAACGGCCUGUCUAGGAAUCAACUAUGUAUGAAAUUUGCGUUUUGCAGAUUUAAUCCAUGUAUUUUAAAGUGUUGUUUUGAGAAUAACCACUGUUUGGAUGUAUUCAAUUUUCUCACUUGUAUUGUUGUAUCCCUGCAGAUUUUUCAGUUUUUAUUUGUUACGAUAAGGUGUUGUGGAGUAUUAAAAACAACUUUGGCUUAAUGCAUUGGGCUGUGAAUAAGUUGAAUCUAA